AUGAAGCUGGGGCAUUUUUUCAACGAUUCCUUUUUGAGUCCGAUUUUACCCGUGAAUGCCGACGGGACUUGGUGUGGAUUUUUGCCGCAAGGUUCAUACGUGAUCCGAGUGGAUAGUCCUGCGACUGCGAAGAAUUCCGGAGUCAGUUUUGCCCCCUACGACAGGAAAGUUGUGCUGAGCGAAAAGCCGCUUUCGGGCUUGGAUUUCGUGCAAUUCAAAGCUGUGGUUGCAGGAAAGGUCUCGUGCGAUUUAGGCAACGGGGAAACCUGUUUUGGUGUUCGCAUCAAACUCAGUCCGGUCAUCGAAACACCUGCGGAGGGCUACGUACAAAAAUCCGUCGACUUGAAACCAUCGCUGGAAGAUAACUUCGAGUUCACAGACGUGCUCCCCGGACCCUACAAAAUCCUGGUAACCAGCGAAGGCUAUUGCUGGGAUAAAUCCACGACGGAGAUCGAAGUUUCGUCCUCGGACAUCCGAAACGUGGUCAUCAAACGCCUCGGGGUGUCGGUCACGUUUGAGUCUUCACACGCUACCCAAAUCGAUGCCGUGUCCAACGGUAGUCUCGUCGAGAGCUUCGAAGUGAAGGCCGGUGUCAGUGAGCGAUGCUUCAAGACCAGUGGACUCUACGAAUUUGUGCCUAAGGGAUGUCACGCGUUUGGGGACAAGAACGUGGUGGUGGACACUGGGGUGCCCGGCGGAGCGAAAGUGUCGUUGAGGGCGACCAAGCACGUGUUGAGUGGCGUCGUGAGGGCGGACGUUGGUGUGAAGGACCUGGUCGUGGCUAUCAAGGAUAGUGAUCAGUUGCUGGGUGAAUUGGGUCUCACACCGGUGUCGUCUGGAAAGGAGUUCGAGUACAAAUUUGACUUUUGGGCAUCUCCUGGAGACCAUCUCACCAUCACCCCGAUGGCUGCUGAACUCCUGUUCGACCCCGUGGAGUCUCAACUGACUAUGCCAAACGAUUGUCUCCCGAAUGGGCCGAAGUUUUCCGCGAAACGUGGCGUCUUUUACGUUGGCAGCGUCAAACCUCCGUUGCAGUAUGUAGAAUUUUUGGAUAUACAGCAAGACAUGAUGUUCGCCUGCUCCAUGUACCCAGUCACGCCGGGCUUUCUGGAAUCAGUCAGACGAGAACUCAAGUCCCAAGUCCGUCGCCUUCAUCAUCACGCAUCCAUCGUCGUCUGGGCCGGGAACAACGAGAACGAGGCGGCGCUUCGGGGCAACUGGUACGGAACUGCUGCCAAUUUCGACUUGUAUCGUCGGGACUAUGUCAAGUUGUACGUGGACGUUGUGCGGGAAGAGGUGCUGGCCGAGGACCAGAGCCGUCCUUUUGUCGUGUCGUCGCCGUCGAAUGGACGGCGCAGUGAGGAGGAGGGCUUUGUGGCGGAGAAUCCGUACGACGCGCGAUUUGGAGAUGUGCACUACUACAACUACUUGUCGGCGAGUUGGGACUGGAAAACGUACCCUCGGGCCAGGUUCUCGUCCGAGUACGGCUUCCAGUCCUGGUCAUCCCUGGCUGCACUCCAGCGGUCUUUCCCGUCCUCGGAACUCAGGUGGAACUCCGACCUCAUGACCCAUCGUCAGCAUCAUCCCGGGGGACAGGCUGAACUGGUGGCACAGGUUGAGCGGUACAUGGACUUGCCGCCGGACGUGAAUGAUUCCUUGUCGGGAUUUGCGUUUUUCCUGUACGAGAUGCAAGUGCAUCAGAGCAUGGCGGUGAGGACGGAGUCGGAGUUUCUGCGGAGGUCGAUGAGCGCCAUCUUUGGGAACGGGUCGGAAGGCAUGACGAUGGGGGCGCUGUAUUGGCAGACGAACGAGAUCUGGCCCGGGGCUUCGUGGGCGUCUCUGGAGUACGAUGGAAGUUGGAAGAUGCUGCACAAUUUUGCAGCUCGUUUUUUCGCGCCUUUACUAGUGUCGCCAUUCUUCAACGAAGCCGGGGAACUCGAAGUCUACCUUGUGUCGGACAAGUUGAACUCUGUGAACGACCUGCAACUAGAAGUGUCCCUUUUGAACCUGCGAUCUGGAGCCGUUAUGGACUCUCAACUCGUCCCAGUAGAUGCGCCGGCUCAAACUGCUCACAGUGUGUGGAAGACGCCUCUUCUGAUUCGUCCCGAGAAUGAGGUUAAGAAGAACAAGGGUCGUGCUGUUGUGGAGAGUCUUUAUUACUUCCGACUGCUUGAUAAAGACCAGAAUCGAGUCACGGAAGACAAUUUCCUACUGGUUGGAGACAUGCUGUCCGAUAUUCCAGCAGUGACUGUCAGAGUGAUAUCAGUCACCGGAAGUGGGCCAGAAUUUUCCGUCUCCCUAGAAUCCUCUGGAAUCGCCCUUUUUGUUUGGCUGGAAGCUGAGGACAUAUCGGGUCACUUUGCGGACAAUGGAAUAGUGUUUGUGCCUGGCAAGACGAGAGCUGAGGUCACAUUCAAAUGCCGAGACGAGUCGUGUCAGGUCACUGCAUCGCAACUGCAAAACGCUAUUCGAGUCACGACCCUGGCUGAUAAUCCGCUUUAUCAGCGAGAACGAGACCAGUCCAAGAACUUCUGA